ACAAUCAGCCCAUAUAUAUAGAAUCUCUCGCUCGGAGCGAGCAAAGAAACCGCCCUGGAACUGGGAGCUUGCAACUCCUGAGCAAUGGCCUCCACCAAGAAAUCUGAACACGAAGAAGAGAAGAAGAAGAAGAAGAAGAACAAAGAAGCAGCAGUGACCUCAAAAUCACCCAUCAAGAAAACACCUGAAAAAUCACCUAGGCAAGAGAAGGAGAAAAAGAAGAAGAAGAAGAAGCACAACAAAACUGCCAAUGGUACAAUAAGCGAACCAGUUGAGGUCUUGAUGAUCCCGUCCUCGAGCUGCGACUCUCAAGAAUCACAAGAUGAGACUGGUGAAGAAAAUGCAAAGAGUCUCGAGCCCAAGAAUCAAAGCAGCAAAAGCCCCAAACCCAAGAAAAGCAACAAGAGAAAAAAAAAAGCAGAAGCUGAUAAUGAGGAUGGAGAAGACGGGACGAUGUGUCGGUUCCCAAUGGCCAGGAUAAAGAGGAUAAUAAAGAGCGAAGACCCUGGUUUGCAACUCACUCAGGAUGUCGUCUUUCUCGUCAAUAAAGCCACGGAGAAGUUCAUCGAACAAUUUUGCGAGGAAGCAUAUGGAUGUUCAGUUCGAGAUCGAAAGAACUAUCUUGCAUACAAGCACCUGUCAUCAGCUGUUAGUAAGCAGAGAAGAUUUGAUUUUCUUUCAGAUUUUGUUCCUGAGAAACUAAAAGCUGAGGAUGCCUUGGCACAGAGAAAAUUGGUGGAGAAUAGGCAAGGAUAGGACCUUGGUAACACGCUAAGAUUAUAAUCCUUGCUCUUACUCAUUUUCCUUGGUAAAUCAUGCUUAUCUCAUAGGACUUCCAUUUGUUUUCAAUUGGUUGUAUAUUAUAGAGGGGAAAGGCAUCAGUUUCUGACAACUCAGAUUGGUUAUUCUCUUUCAUUUCCUAGUCCUUGCCUCUUGUUUUCAAUUGGCAUUGUAUUUUGUUGAUGAAAACAAUUCCUUGCUACCAAGUUAGGUUGGACAGUCAUUCUUAUUUUCUAGGCCUUUCCUUUUGCUUUCAAUUGGCCGUGUAUUUAGCAGGUAAUGGUAUUGAUUCCUAGUGAUUCAAUGGGAUCCAUGUGUAUGCACAUCUUGCUCUUCAGGCUACAAAAGAAGAAGGGUUGAUGCAGCAUAAACCAUUGUUGUCUGUGAAUUGAAUUCUUUUCAUGUUUGGUUGGUGAAAAAUUGUGUAAUUCUCUUUUAUUUGCUGAAGCAUGCACCCAAGUCUUGCGAUGAAUUGGUUCUGAUAUGACCCACUGCUGAAUGAUGCCCUGCAGUUGAUCUCAAGCCAUGGGGUACCCUAGUUCCAUAUAUAUAACAACUGUUCUGAUGGAAUUUCCUUCUGUUUCAACUGAAUCUUAAAUUGUUGAA